GCGGCCGGUGCUCGGGGGUCCGGCUCUGCCCCGCACACGCCGGUUCUUCCUCCGUCCCCGUCAUUUCCUGUGGAAGAAGAUGGUGGUCACAGCUGGCAGCAGCAGCAGCAGCAGCAGCAGCGGCGGCGGAGGGGAGAGGAGGAGCCGGCACCGCUGAGAGCAGACCCCCACACACCCCACCUGGAGGGGACACCACCCCCACCCGGGGCCGGGGACCCCCUAGUCCGGAGGCGCCCGGAGCGGACACCAUGAGCGACGGGGGCAAGGAGUGCCGGGUGGUGUAUAGCCCCAAUCUUGGGGACCUCAUGAGGGCGAAGACAGAACUGGGGUCACCAGUCGAAGAGAGGAAGUACAGCAAGCAAUGCUCCGCAGGGUCCAAUUCGCGCUGCCUGGACCUGGAGCCCAAAAGGCUGAAGGAGAAGAGGGACGCCGCAAUGUCGAAAAGUCUCCAGCAGGUGGAUUUUUGGUUCUGUGAGCUGUGCCAGGAAUACUUUGUCGAUGAGUGUCCCAGUCACGGACCCCCCGUCCUGGUGCCGGACACACCGGUUCCCCUCAGCAGGCCUGACCGGGCAGCACUGACCGCACCGCGCGGGAUCGAGGUGGUGAAGGACGACACCGGAGAGAGUGAAGUGCGCUGUGUGAACGAGGUUGUACCCAAAGGGCGGAUCUACGGGCCGUACGAGGGGAAGAUCUCGUCCCAGGACAAGUCCUCCGGAUUCUUCUCCUGGCUGAUAGUGGAUAACCACAACCGAUAUAAAUCCAUUGAUGGGACUGAUGAGAGCUGCGCCAACUGGAUGAGAUAUGUAGUGAUCUCUCGAGAGGAGCGGGAGCAGAACCUCAUGGCGUUCCAGCACAGCGAGAAGAUCUACUUCCGCGCGUGUCGUGACAUUCAGCCCGGGGAGAAGCUGCGGGUGUGGUACAGCGAGGAUUACAUGAAGCGGCUGCACAGCAUGUCCCAGGAGACGAUCAUCCGCAACCUCAGCAGAGGAGAAAGAGGUUUGUUAAGGGAAAACAAUGACAGACUCUUGGAAAACCAAGAAGAUGUGAAAGGCCCAUUUCCACUUACAGCCCUUAAGCAAGGAAAGAGCCUCUACAAGCGGAGCUGUGAGGAGGGGGAGAUAAACCCUCACACCAAGAAGAAAAAGAUAGAUUUAAUCUUCAAAGAUGUCUUAGAGGCUUCUUUGGAGUCUGCCAAGAUGGAAGACCAUCCCCUGGUGACGAGUAGUCCUAUACUGGGGAAAAAGGUUCCCAAGUAUCAACAUGAGGACCAUGGAGAUAGAUGUAAAACGAACCAAAAGUUUUCCUCCCAAAACCAAACAAGAAUCCCGAAGGAGUGGAAGGUCCCUUAUGCUUCCGCUCAAGGCCUAGACAGGGAGACCAACCCUCCAGAUGAUGAUCUAGAAGACCGCUCGUCUAUCAAAGUAGAAAGUCCUGAUGAGUUCUCUGCCCUUGGUGAUUCAAACGAGAUCCCCACCACUUCUUUCUGCCCAAACUGUAUCAGGUUGAAGAAGAAAAUCCGUGAACUUGAGGCUGAGGUGGAAAUGCUAAGGUCUGGAAAGGUCCCAGAAGUUCCUCAGUUGCUUCCUCAGAAAACUGAGGUCCCAGAGUUUUCAGAUACUUCAGCUCCAGAAAACAUGUCCAUCGCUCCCACAAUGAUGGAAGAUGACGAUCAGGAAGUAGACUCGGCAGACGAGUCGGUCUCCAACGAGAUACUAGCUUCUACCGAUGAGCCUUCGAAGAUGUCUGCUUCCUCUGGUAGACGGAUCCGUCGUUUCAAGCAAGAAUGGUUAAAAAAGUUUUGGUUCCUGAGGUACUCGUCUACGUUGAACGAGAUGUGGUGUCAUGUUUGCAGGCAGUACACGGUGCAGUCCUCAAGGACUUCAGCCUUCAUCAUUGGUUCGAAACAAUUUAAGAUCCAUACGAUAAAGCUCCACAGCCAAAGUAACCUCCACAAAAAGUGCUUGCAGCUCUACAAGCUCAGGAUGCACCCCGAAAAGACAGAGGAGAUGUGCAGGAACAUGACUCUUCUUUUCAACACAGCAUACCACUUGGCUAUGGAAGGCAGGCCUUAUUAUGACUUCCGACCUCUAGCAGAACUACUGAGAAAGUGUGAACUCCGCGUCGUCGAUCAGUACAUGAACGAAGGUGAUUGUCAGAUUUUGAUUCAUCACAUCGCCAGAGCACUUCGGGAAGACUUAGUAGAGCGUAUUCGACAAUCCCCUUUUCUAAGUAUCAUCUUAGACGGGCAAAGCGAAGACCUUCUUGCCGAUACAGUAGCGGUCUAUGUCCAAUACACCAGUAACGAUGGCCCACCCGCCACAGAGUUCCUGUCACUUCAAGAGCUGGGUUUGCCUACCACUGAGAGUUACCUCCAAGGCGUUGACAGGGCCUUCUCGGCAAUUGGUAUCCGACUGCAGGACGAGAGGCCGACCAUAGGGAUAGGAGUUGAUGGAGCCAACGUAACGGCUGGACUAAGAGCUAAUAUGUACAUGACAAUCAGGAAAACCUUGCCUUGGCUACUGUGUUUACCUUUCAUGGUGCAUAGGCCCCACUUAGAAAUUUUGGAUGCAAUUAGUGGAAAAGAACUUCCAUGUUUAGAAGAAUUAGAAAACAAUCUGAAGCAGCUACUUAGUUUCUACCGGUACUCCCCCCGCCUGAUGUGUGAACUCCGACUUACAGCCGCAACACUUUGCGAGGAGACAGAAUUCCUGGGCGAUAUCCGGGGGGUGAAAUGGAUUAUAGGUGAGCAGAACGUGCUGAAUGCUCUGAUUAAGGACUACCUGGAAGUGGUGGCCCACUUGAAAGACGUCAGCGGUCAAACGCAAAGAGCCGACGCCUCUGCUAUUGCAUUAGCCCUCCUUCAGUUUCUCAUGGAUUAUCAGUCAAUUAAGCUCAUCUACUUCCUCUUGGAUGUGAUUGCAGUCUUGUCCCGUCUGGCCUACGUCUUCCAGGGCGAGUACCUCUUGGUGUCCCAGGUGGAUGAAAAAAUAGAGGAAGCCAUUCAAGAAAUCAGCCGCCUGACAGAUUCUCCCGGGGAAUAUCUGCAGGAAUUCGAAGAAAACUUCCGGGAAAGCUUUAACGGGAUCUCUUUGAAGAACUUGCGUGUGGCCGAAGCCAAGUUUCAGUCCAUCCGUGAGAAGAUUUGCCAGAAGACCCAGCUGACCCUGGCCCAACGGUUUGAUUCCCGUAGCCGAAUUUUUGUUAAAGCUUGCCAAGUUUUUGACCUGUCCACGUGGCCCAGAAGCACGGAAGAGCUCUUAAGCUACGGAGAGGAGGAAAUGCUGCAAAUAUACGAGCACCUGAGCAGCAUCCCGUCGUUUCUUUCGGACUGCAGGGAGGGGACCGACACCAGGAGCGGUCUGCUGAUGGAAUGGCGCGAGCUCAAGGCUGACUACUGUACCAAAAACGGUUUCAAAGAUUUGAUAGGCCAUAUCUGUAAGUACAAACAAAGGUUCCUCCUUUUGAACAAGGUAGUACAGAUCCUAAAAGUCCUUCCCACGUCUACGGCCUUUUGCGAGAAAGGGCGCAACGCUCUUCAGAGGCUACGCAAAAACAACCGCUCCAGGCUCACCUUGGAUCAGCUGAGCGAUCUCCUGGCCAUAGCGGUGAACGGGCCGUCCAUUUCUAAUUUCGAUGCCAAGAGAGCUCUGGACAGCUGGUUCGAGGAAAAGUCAGGGAAUAGCUACUCCUUGUCGGCCGAGAUGCUCAGCAAGAUGUCCUCCCUCGACCAGAAGCCCAUGCUCCACUCUAUGGAACUCGGUUCAGAGUAUUACCAAGACAUUUGAACCUAGCCGCAGCCCCGAAGCUAUUGGAUAUGUUUUUUUUUUCUAUCUAUACUUUGGUAUAUUAUAAAAAGAAAAAAUAUAAAAAAUAAAUAUAUAUAAAUAUAUAUUAUAUAUAUAUAUUAAUAGAAAAAAAAAUCCCACUAAAUAUAGACUGAGCAUUUUAUUAUGACACCUCACCCUUCGUAUCACACUUUUCACCUAUGGCAGCUGCCGUGGUUUCCAUACGGCCAAAACAGGACAGAGAACCACAACUCUUCAAAAAACCCUUUCCCCUAAAGCAUGUCUAACCCCACCAGGUACCUUUUUUUUUUAUUUUUUUUACCCUUCCAUUAUGUUUAUAGGUCAGAACAAAGGUUGUAUAUCGGGACCCAGGAAAGUCCAAAUCCAGAAUUUUUAUAUAUAAUAUGUAUAAUUUAAUCUACGUUUUAUCCUAAUUUGUAUCCAAUGUUAUGUUAGAAACAAUGUAUCUUCUUUCUGCUUUCUAAGAUAAACAUCCAUUGGGCAAUUUUUUAUUUUUUUCCACUGCCUUUCUGUCCCCAGGGUACAAUGGGGGUGCCUUCGGGUCCAAAGCAGGCUAGGCGUACCUCGGGGAGCCCUCUGUUCUAAGGACAUACACUGUAGAGGUUACCCCAACGUUUGUAACGACAUCACUUUUUUCCUUUAUGGCACAAAAAAUUGUGUAAUCACACGUCAUGUAUACUUAUUGUUUUUGUUUGGAAUAUUUUAUGGCAGAUUUUAUGUUAUAAUUUCUUUUUUUUAUAUAUAUAUAUCUUUUUUUUCUUCUUAAUUUUCAUUCUGUUAUAAUGUCUUUGUACGGAUGUAGCAGAGCUGAGUUUUGCACGGUUCCAUAGCGUAAAAUGGCAAAUUCAGCUCUGCUACAUCUGUUUUGCUGCAGAGGUAACUCAAUUUGUGAAAAAAAAAUUCUAAAGUAUAAGCUAAGUUCUGCGCCGGGCCAUAAACACCUUCAUUCGUUUUUUUAGUCACCGUUGAUACAAGGUUAAGGUUUUUGAGGAAAAAUAGGAUCAGGUCUGGAAGAAAGGAAAGUUAUUAAAGGGGUAUUCCUGCCGUGGACACUUACCAAAGGUGGUGUUGCUACAGGAGGUGCAAAGUUAGCAGGCGUCUGAGGGGCCCCAAAAGCCCUUCAUCCACAUAAGAAGCAUAGUAGUAUAAAUGGCACAGGGUAGGUGGGGGCUCUGGAGCUUCGAGUUACUCCUCUAGUGAUAAAUGUUACUCGGUUAGGAUCUGACCUUUGGCUAGACUGGGGGACCUCAGCCACGAUGCAUAGGGCAUCCCCCAUUCUGGCCAUUGGUGGGGGUCCCUGUGUGUUGGGAAUACAUGUUCAGGGCCUUUUUGUCCCAGAUACAAGGGAUGACCCCAUUAUUGGGCACAGGGAUGUCUUCAUGAGUUAACCCCUUAAAGGAGUAUUCCAGUAAUAAUAAAUCAUCCCCAACUGCACAGGGAAUAACUGUUGGAUGGGUUCAAGGGUCCGGGGUCGCCCUGGGCAGUAGCCAUGCUCAGCUGCUGCUCCAUUCAAGCAGGUGACAUGGGACUCGCAUCCUCAGUAGGGGAGGGGACUCCCAGUGAUCAAACGGUUAUUCCCUAUCCAGUGGAAUAACCCUUUAAGCUUUCCUUUCUCUCUUUUUUUUGGAAUCAAUGACCCUUCCUCCCUCACCAAAAAAAAGUUUAAAAUGCAAACUGCAACUGAAUCAUGCGGUGUGUGAACUGAUCCUUAUCCGAAGCAGCUAUUUUGUUCCUGAAAUGUAAGAAUGUGAGGCCGGGCUCUGUCAUCCUGGUUACUAGCAUGCUGCAAUAUGCAGGCGUCCUUUAUAAAAUUCUAAAAAAAUAUAUUAAUAAAAUGAGAUAA